AAGGGCUCCCCCUACCGGUGAUAUGACGGCACUGCUAGCUUUGCUGCAGCCAUCCCUGAAGAACUAAAUGAUCAGGAUUACAUUUUGAUUAUUUGUAUUCACAUCUAAGUAGUUGUAUUUAGGGUAAGGACGCAGGCAUGGAGGACGUUCACACCCAAGGCAUCUGGAUGGCUGAAAGUCUCCAGAAGAGGACGAUGAGCCAAGAAAAAAUAUGGCUGGUUAUCACUCAUAUUGGAGAUCCCAAAGCAGCCUUUCUGCUCGUCUUUCCUUUCACAUAUUUCUUCAGCAAACGAGCUGGAAUAGCUGUGCUUUGGGUAGCAGCUAUAUCGGAGUGGUUAAACUUGGUGUUUAAAUGGAUGCUGUUUGGAGAAAGGCCAUUCUGGUGGAUAGGGGAAUCACGUCUGUUUGUCAACAGAGAACCAAACGUUCUCCAGUUUUCCUCAACAUGUGAAACAGGCCCAGGGAGUCCGUCGGGACAUGCGAUGGUGACGGCAGCAGUCUGGUGGGUUGUGGUGUCCACACUGGGGUCCUUCCUGUACUCACGGACUCACAGUGUGGUGUUAUCGGCUGCUCCCUACCUGCUGUAUGUGGUAAUGCUGGUGGCCGUUGGAAUGUCCAGGAUCUUCAUCCUCGCCCACUUCCCUCACCAGGUCAUCGCUGGCUCCAUCACAGGCUUCAUUCUGGGGGUGGUCCUGAGCCGCCGAGUACCUGAAGGUCGCUCCCUGCUGUUCUUCUUCAGCUUCAGCAUGGGCCUGCUGCUCGGCACUCUGCUGCUGCAUGCUGGACUGCAGCAGCUGGGAGUGGACCUCUCCUGGUCUAUUACUUUGGCUAAGAAGUGGUGCAGCCGUGCAGAGUGGAUCCGUUUGGAUACGGCCCCGUUCUCCUCUCUGACUCGAGACUGCGGGGCCCUCCUGGGUUUGGGGCUGGCCCAGUACUGGAAGCCUGGAGGGUGGCCUCUGCCCUGGGCCCCCCGGGCUCUGUCUCUGGCCAUUUCCUCCAUGGGACUGUACCACGUCAACCGUCUGCCCCUCCCGGUGCGACCUCAAGGCCUCUUCUAUAGCCUGUUCUUCAUCAAAUUCGUCAUUGUGCCUCAGGUUGUCAUAGUGCUGGUGCCCGGACUGGUUUACCUUUUCACGCACAAAAAGAAGAAGGACUAGAAACUACAAUAAGGACUUUAGAUUCCUUCUAGGUUUCUGUAGGCACCUUUAAUGUCUGUCUAUUUUCAAAUUCAUGGUUGUGUUAGAUACUCCCAAAUUAGUUUUUGUUCUCUUAUAAUAAACAUGGCAAGAGUCUUCAGGUUGUUACUU